AUGCACUCCGACGAGUACGCGUCUUACAGGCUGCCCUCUGGCGUCGCCUUCACGGUGCUGCCGCACUCCUCUUCAUCUUCGCAGCAGCAGCAACAGCAGCAGCGCGUUAUGAACAACAACUCUGUGCUCAUCGACCCCCCAACGAGCUUCUUCGUUCAGGCCCAACAGCCGUCGCAGCACCAUCACCAGCAGCAGCUGCUGCAGCAACAAGGUCUGCCGUCCGUCUUUCUUCAAACGCCGGCCGCCACCGCCACCCCGCCUUCCAUCACACCGCCAUCUCCGCAGCAGCAGCAGCAGCGCGGGAACAGUAUCUCCCUCAACUCCGCGCAGUACUCCCCGCUGGCACGCCAGAGUCAACCGCCGGUGGUGCUGUCCUCGACGCCCCCGGGCAGCACCCCCGGCCAGCUCUUCUCCAUACACCCUCUCUCCCCUCUGUCGACGUCCUCUGGUGGGUCGCAGCCGAACCGCACUCAUGUCCACGUAGCCCCCACGCCGACCUUCGCACCGACGAGCGUCACGCAGCACCCACAACAGCCCGCUACGGAGGCCGCGGGAGGCGGCAGGGAUGCUGGGAACAGCUUUUCCGCCGCCACGACGAUGUCAGCAGCCAGCACGACGGCGGCGGUGCACAACGGUGUCGUGGACGCAGCGGAGAUGCGUCUGGCGAACGAGCGCCCCUUCCGCUUUAAGAUGCUGCCACCACCGCCGACCUUCGACAGAUUUUUGCUGCAGUGGGAGGCGAACGCGGAGGAUGCGCAUUACCGGCCGUGGCGUCGCGGUGAUGACGGCGGAAUCCCACACAGUGGGGUGCUGACGACGGAGGACGCACUGCAGCGCUCUGCGGCAGCAGCCACGGCGACCGUCGUCACCAGCGCCGGCGGCAGCGGCACCAACGCAAGUGGUCCCGCGCCGCGCUCGGCGGAGGAGCGACUGGCGCUGGCUGAGCAGUACCGGCGUAUUCUCGAGCGCUGGUGGAACUACAUGGCCGUCUUCGAGCAAAAACCCGAGGUCCGUCAACGCCUGGGCAGCCUGUACACCUGUCCGGACUGCGCCGAUGCGCAGCGCGCCGUCGCGGCUGGCUUUGCCGAGCUCCUGCCUGGCGAGUUGCGUGAGCAGCUGACGCCCGACGAGGUGACGUUGCAGACAUGGUCGCACUUGGUGCUGAAGUGGUGGAAGGAAACGAAGCGGCGCCGCCGCACGCGUCGCAGCCGUCGCUGCUCCCGCAAAGACGCCUCCUCCUCGAGCGUGACCGGGCGGAGUGCGUUGGAGGACUCGCAGGUGCUGGACAGCGACACCACCCCCCCGCACAUGGAGAACGGCGAGGAGGUGUCCGUCACGAGCGGCAACUCCUUUGUGAUGUCGAGCAUGAUGGGCAACCGCCUCACGCACUCCCCUCCCGAUAAUGAGGGCUACUUGAAUUUUGACUUUACGAACCAGACCACCUUUGGGAGUCCCGCCGAGAGCGGCUAG